GUGAAAGUUCAAGGGUCAUCACAAGCUAUCAUCCCAUCACAUUUUCUGCUAGACUAGCUUGCUGCUCCUAAAAAGUCACUCAAAGUGUUCAAGUAAUCAUAGGGAAAGUGUUGUGGUUUUCUGUAAUAUAUCAACUAGCGGACUUCACGUGCAAAGAACCAGGAUGUCUGCGGAAACCACCGAGGGAAGGAAGACGGUUCGAGUUGGGACAAGAAAAAGCCAGCUUGCCAUGAUCCAGACCAACAGUGUGGUGGCGUCCCUCAAGAAACUGUGUGACGAUGUAGACUUUGAAAUAAUUUCCAUGUCUACUACGGGUGACAAGAUUCUUGACACAGCCCUCUCAAAGAUAGGAGAGAAGAGUCUGUUCACAAAGGAGCUGGAGAAGGCACUGGAUGAUGGACGGGUAGACUUUGUGGUGCACUCAUUGAAGGAUCUUCAGUCAACUCUGCCUCCUAAUAUGGUCAUUGGUGCUGUGCUGGAGAGGGAGGACCCCUACGAUGCUGUCCUGAUGCACCCUAAACACGCAACAAAAUGCCUGGCAGAUCUGCCAGAAAACAGUGUGAUAGGAACUAGCUCAGUUAGGAGAGUUGCCCAGCUGAAGAGGAAAUAUCCACACCUGAAGUUCGAGAGUGUGCGAGGGAAUCUGAACACUCGUCUGCGUAAGCUGGAUGAGGAUGACAUGUACAGUGCUCUGGUGCUAGCCGCUGCAGGGGUGAAACGGAUGGACUGGGACAGCAGGAUCAGUCAGACCUUGAUGCCUGACGAGUGUUUGUACGCAGUGGGACAGGGUGCCCUUGCAGUGGAAGUUCGUGCCAAUGACUUUGACACCCUUGCUCUGGUGUCCAAGCUGAAUCAUGAGGAGACCCUGCUACGCUGUGUGACAGAGAGGGCUCUGCUCAGGGAACUGGAAGCAGGCUGCAGCACACCAGUGGCUGUCUACACUGAGAUUAAAGACAAGGAGCUGUACCUGACCGGAGCAGUCCUGAGUCUGGACGGGUCGGAGUGCCUUAAGGAGACGAUGCAGACAGCUCUGUCUGACACACAGACACAGAGUUCCUCUUCAGCAGACCAGCAGCAGUAUGUCAGCGUGGUGGCACAGACCAUUUCCCAUCAGGCCCUGAAGGCAGCAGAGGAUCUUGGGAUUGAUAUGGCCAAACUCUUGAUCAGUAAGGGGGCAGGGGACAUCUUGGCUGUUGCUAGGCAACAGAAUGCAGAAGGAGAGAAGAAGUGAAUAAACACUGUAAAUGCAGAAAUUUUCGGGCUAGUUUUAUGUUCACUUUUUUUGUGGUGACUGCUUCACCACAAACUCAAAACCACCCUGAAAAUUGCUGUAACAGUUCUGUCUCCUUCCUGCUUACCCUCUAAGUGCUACAUGUAACUCCAUUGUACAGUAAGUUGUAGAUUUUGGUCCAGAAGAAAUCUUAUUGUUUGAUUUAUUCAUAAGGAAUAAAGAUGAAAUCAAAUAAUACAGCCUUUGCCCUUAUGGUCUUCCUGUAGAAGAAACCUGGACCAAAGCUUCAGAAUAGAAUGUACUUUUGCUAAAUAAAUGUUACUUCAGAUAUAUUUCCAUAUAGCUGCUAGUAUUAUUGUGGUCAUUUUGGAAACAGUCACACGUUUCAGAUAACAUCUGUUAUCUGUCAUCAGUGACACUGAAGAGAUCUUGUUGGAGAACAGGUUUUAUAUCAACGUCUGACCGUUUCCAAAAUCAUAUCCAGUUGCUUGAGUAAUUACUAUUUGGUGCAUAUUAUUAGUACCUGAAUGUGUAACUUUCACUGUAUUAGUUGGUGUGUUUUAGGCUUUUAAUGAUAUGAUAUUAUUGUGGAGAAAAUUCCUCAAUUAGUCGCCUUCUAUCUAUCUGUAAUACCCAGAUGAUGACUAUCUGUAACUCUAAUGUGCCUUAUACACUGUAAUAAUAAACCUUGUAUGUUCUCAGACAGUUUUCCAAAAUAGAAUAAUUCAGGCCAAUUCAAGUUGUUGUUGACAAAGAUAUCUAUCAAGUCAAAUGCUACAGUCAAAUUGCUGAUGUUUCACAGUACAUUAAGUUUGUUCCCCAAACAGGUCCUCCCAUACAUUUUAAGAUAAAAUCAUGCAAUAAAAGAAACUAAGGAAAAAACUAAA